AGUAAGUUGGCAGCACUGUUAGAUGACACAGCUUUGAAAGGGCGCAAGUAAAAAGAAACGAAGAGAAAAAUAUACUUAUAUAUAGGCCGAAGAAAAAGAGGAAAUCGGAGUGCGCUUAGUUAAACAGUUUACAAGUUUAGCCAGUUAAAAACAAGGGCAAUUAUGUCGGGCUCCGGUUUUGAUGAGAAUCCAUUUGGUGAGCCCAAUCUGGACAAUCCUUUUGCGGACCCUGCUAUACAGCAAGCACGAAGGAACAAUCAAUCUGGCGCCGCCCAGGUCUCGUUGGAGGAUUACAAUCCAUUCGAGGAACAGGCCAAACCACCGCCACAGCUGCAAAUUAACUCAUCCAAUACGGCGGCAGUGGUUCAGCCGCUGUCACAGAACAUUCCGCCACCGCAGACAAGUUCGUUGGGCGCCUCAGCGCCAAGUACCAGCAUACAAAUCACAAAUCAGGAGCUCCAGCGCCGCCAAGAGGAACUUGAUCGAAAGGCCGCCGAAUUGGAUCGCCGCGAACAGCAGCUGCAAGGCGGAAAUGUUCCCCAGUUGAAUAAUUGGCCCCCAUUGCCCGAUAACUUCUGUGUUAAGCCAUGCUUUUAUCAGGAUUUCGAGGUUGAGAUACCGCCAGAGUUUCAGAAACUGGUUAAGCAUUUGUACUACAUUUGGAUGUUCUACACUCUUACACUGGUGGCCAACGUAAUUGGAGGCCUCAUUUUGAUCUUCCAUCAGCAUGAGUUUGUUACUUUCUUUUUGGCCAUAUUUUACACUGUUCUCUUUACACCCGCCUCUUAUGUUUGCUGGUUUCGUCCGGCCUAUAAGGCCUUCCGCAACGAUUCGAGUUUCAACUUCAUGGUCUUCUUUUUCGUGUAUUUCUUUCAAACCGUUUAUACAGUGAUCCAGGCUAUCGGUUUUAACGAUUGGGGCUACUGCGGCUUUAUAAAGGCCAUUAGUCAAUUUGACUCCAAUGCCGCCGGCAUCAUUGUCGGCUUGUUGUUAUUGAUUAUAGCCUUCUGCUUUGCCACUGUGGCGGCGGCCAAUGUAUUAAUGAUUACCAAAAUCCAUACGAUCUAUCGUAGUACUGGAGCAAGUAUGGCCAAGGCACAAGCCGAAUUCACCACGGAAUUCCUACGCAAUCAGCAUGUCCAGGAGGCGGCCUCAUCGGCUGUAAGUUCGGCAAUGAAUUCACAGUUCAACAAUAGCAGAUACUAGAGAGACGAAAAUAUGUAAAACUAAAGGAUGUGAGGCACAGAAGAACCGGAAAGAGAAACAGAUUGAAACAAAAAACGAAGCAGACCAGAGAGAAGUGGAGCUAAAGAAAGAACGCGGCAAAUUUGAGAGAUAAAAUAACAAUCAAUCGCGAAAUGCGUCGUCGUCCCCCUUAACCCCAAAAGUCGAAAGAAAGAAAAAAAGAAAACAAUGAAAAACGGAGCAAAAGGAUGGAGGAGAAAUAUAUAUAUAUAACUAAAUAAAACUAAAUCUGCUUUGUGCAUAAAUUGAAACAAUUCCUAGAAUGCCGUCGUCUAAUAAUUAAUGUAAUAAUAUGAUAAAUUCAAUAUGCAUAUGCAAAGCAAGGAUUUUGCCUUCGUACACAUUCUGGCCUAAACGGAAAUUGGCAACAAGUUGCAACCAAGGCAAUAACUGCAUAAUAAACUAAAAUAUAUAUAAAUAUUGACAUAUAUAUAAACCGAUAAGCUUCAAACACAAA